AUGUGCCGCAAUAAUCAAGAGCUCCUCGAAGUAACCUUCGCCGGAGAAAGAGCUGGAGACCACGGGUUUAACUCAAGAACAACUGGUCGGAGCUUGAUAAAGAGAUGGAACUGCACGAGAAGUACCAGUUUUCAAAUAAAAGGAGAAACAUCAGAAACAGUUCACAUCGAGAAAAGUUCUGAGGUAACAAAUAAUACAGUCGAAUUGAGAGACUCCUUGUUUUUGAAGUAUGAAAAAAAUAAUGAUAAAAUGACGAGCGCAGACCGAUAUACAUGUAGACGGACAAGUUCGCUCCGAUACACGCUGACGCUUCGUCCUUCGUCGAGAUGUCAGUCGAACAGGAAGAAGAUCCUCGUGACGGGCAUCAAGGUCGUGGAUCUCCUGGCUCCGUACGUCAAAGAUUUUAGGCGGCGUGUUUAAUCACAUUCCGGAGGCUGCCUUCUACAUGGUGGGCACCAUAAAGGACGUGAUCGCCAAGUUACAGGAACUCGCCAAAAGCGUGUAGAGUCGAAAUGUUUUAUACGUUAUUUUAUUUGAAUAAAGAUGUUGGAUUUGGUUUUGUUUCAUUUGUAGAUACUGCUAAGAGCACUACAACGAGUACCUAUUUACUUACUUACUUUUCACUUCCUGCGGUGCACUCCUGUAAAGUUGCAAAAAUAUCGCUUAAACCAAAUGGCUUUUGAUCCCUCAAUUUAAAGUGCAUUCAAGAUUAUUAGGUACUCAAUAAGGA